AUGGGUAAAAAGGUCAAAAUUGGAAAACAGCGUCGCGAUAAAUAUUACAAAUUGGCAAAAGAAGCUGGUUAUCGUUCUCGAGCCGCAUUCAAACUUAUACAGCUCAACAAAAGAUUUGAAUUCUUGCAAAACUCUCGUGCCACUGUUGACUUAUGCGCUGCUCCUGGAGGAUGGAUGCAGGUUGCUGCUCAAAAUAUGCCGGUGUCGAGCUUAGUGAUUGGUGUGGAUCUUGUGCCUAUCAAGCCUAUUCACAAUUGCAUCGCUCUGCAAGGAGAUAUCACAACGGAGAAAACUAGGCAAGCCAUCAAGAAGGAGCUUCAACGUUGGGAGGCGGAUUGUGUUCUUCACGAUGGUGCUCCAAACGUGGGUUUGAACUGGAUUCAUGAUGCGUUCCAACAAAAUUGUCUUGUUUUAUCUGCGUUGAGACUGGCUACGCAGAUCCUUAGGAAAAAUGGAACUUUCGUGACAAAGGUUUUCCGUUCAAAUGACUACUCCUCACUGAUCACUGUGUUCGAGAAACUUUUCAGAAAAGUUCAUGUAUGGAAGCCAGCUGCUUCUCGUCUUGAAUCCGCAGAGAUUUUCGUUGUCUGUGAAAAGUAUCUGAAACCUCCAAAGGUAAAGUUCUAG